UGUCACCACUCCAAAAAAAAAAAAAAAAAAAAAAAUAGCCGUUGCUAAUUAAAUUAAAAACCUUCAUUUUUUUUUUUACUAUUUAUAUGCUUAUUUUGUUCCUCUCUUGGCUUCAAAUCGUUUACUUUGGUUCCAUUGUUUGAGUUGAAGUUAGCAAAUUUCUGGGUUUAAAAAAGAAAGAAAGAAAUUCACCAUUUUCUUUUAAUCUAUUUCUUAAUGAUUAUUACUAUUCCAUUUUCACAUGCUUUGGAUUCUACUUUAACCGUGUAGAAAUCAUCACAAGAAUUUGCAUUCUUCACCCUAUUGGGCCUUUGCUUUUUAUCAUUUCUCUCCUCUGGUCGGCGAGUGAAAAAAAAAAAAGAAGCAGGGUCUUCAAGAAGUAUUCAACUAAGCAAAGAAGUGAGCUUGGAAGCAGAGGAUUUUGAGGAUUUUAAAAACGAGCUUAAAAACCAUAGAUGUAAAAGAAGGGGAGCCGUGAAAGUAGCAGAAACAGCUCGUUUUUUUGCUUCAGGGUGCGUGUAAAGUGAGUUUUGUAAGAGAGAUGGAAGUUUUGUAUGUUCUGUCUUGGAUUUGCAUCUUGGGUUUGGUUUUGUUUCAAGGAAAUGCAGAUCCUGUUGAAGAUAAGCAAGCAUUGCUUGAUUUUGUCAACAAGAUGCCCCAUUCUCGUGCUCUAAACUGGAAUCAGACUUCCCCAGUAUGCAACAACUGGACUGGAGUGACUUGCAAUGCCGGUGGCUCUCGGAUAAUAGCUGUUAGAUUGCCUGGAAUCGGAUUACACGGUCCGAUUCCGGCCAAUACCAUUAGUCGUCUCUCAGCUUUGCAGGUUUUAAGCCUUAGAUCCAACGGUAUAAGUGGUCACUUCCCUUCUGAUUUCUUUAAUCUUAGAAACUUAUCUUUUCUUUAUCUUCAAUACAACAACUUGUCCGGACCACUGCCUGUGGAUUUCUCGGUUUGGAGGAAUCUAACUAUUGUUAACUUGUCCAACAAUCGGUUCAACCAGAGUAUUCCUAGUUCGUUAUCAAAUUUGACUCACCUCCAGGCGUUGGAUCUUGCAAACAAUUCACUUUCUGGUGAAAUUCCUGAACUGAAUUUGCCUAGCUUGCAACAGAUAAACUUGUCCAACAAUAAACUCACCGGUAUUGUUCCGAAGUCGCUUUUAAGGUUCCCUAGUUUGGUGUUUGAAGGUAACAAUGUUUCUUUUGAAAGAAUCCCUCCUCAUCCGUCACCAUUUGGUGCACCCUAUGGCGAACCGUAUCCGACAUCCAAGAAGUCCAGGAGGCUUGGAGAAACUGCAUUGUUGGGAAUAAUAAUUGCUUGUUGCAUUCUAGCAAUUGUGGCGUUGGUGUUUUUCGUAAUUGUUUGCUGCUCAAGAAGAAAGAGUGAGGAUGUGUAUUCGCGGAAGUUGCAAGCCGGAGGGAUGUCACCAGAGAAAGCGGUCUCGAGGAGUCAGGAUGCAAAUAAUAGAUUGUUCUUUUUCGAGGGUUGUAAUUAUACAUUUGAUUUGGAGGACUUAUUGAGGGCUUCUGCUGAAGUAUUAGGGAAGGGAACUUAUGGUAUUUCCUAUAAAGCAGUGCUAGAGGAUGCAACAACAGUGGUAGUGAAGAGGUUGAAGGAGGUUAGUGUCGGGAAGCGGGAGUUUGAGCAACAAAUGGAGGUUGUUGGAAGCAUUCGGCAUCCAAAUGUCAUCGAGCUGAAAGCAUAUUACUACUCAAAAGAUGAAAGGCUGAUGGUUUAUGAUUAUUACAGUCAGGGAAGCGUUUCUUCCAUCUUACACGGUAAAAAAGGAGAGACUAGAACCCCUCUAGAUUGGGAUACCAGAAUGAAAAUCGCAAUUGGGGCAGCUAGAGGCAUUGCUCGCAUCCAUACAGAGAAUGGUGGCAAGUUUGUCCACGGCAACAUCAAGUCCUCCAACAUUUUUGUCAACUCCCAACAAUACGGCAGUGUAUCGGAUCUCGGACUAUCAACUAUAAUGGGUGCACUUGCCCCUCCCAUCUCCCGUGCUGCUGGUUACCGUGCCCCUGAAGUUACCGACACCAGAAAAGCUAUGCAACCUUCUGAUGUCUAUAGCUUCGGAGUGGUCUUACUUGAGCUCCUAACUGGAAAGUCCCCUAUCCAUACUACUGGUGGGGAUGAGAUCAUCCACUUGGUCAGAUGGGUUCAUUCGGUAGUUCGAGAAGAGUGGACAGCUGAGGUUUUCGAUAUUGAACUGAUGAGAUAUCCAAACAUAGAGGAGGAGAUGGUGGAGAUGUUACAAAUAGCAAUGACAUGCGUUGUGAGGAUGCCGGAUCAAAGACCGAAAAUGGCAGACUUAGUUAAAAUGAUAGAAAAUGUCCGAGCGAUUGAGUCCGAGAAUCGACAAUCUUCGGGAAACAGAUCCGAAAGUUCAACACCACCGGCAACAACGAUGGGGAAAGAAUCCCACGUCUCACAAUGAAUGAACCUUACAUAAUAUUAUCAUCCAUUCAUUAUUUCACCUUAGUUGACUGCUGUAUUUGAAAAGAAAAGAAAUCAUUUAGCCUUUUUUUCUUUGAACAAAUUCUGUUGAGACGUUGUUUUUAAAUGCAUUGGUGAAUUUCUAUA